GGCGCAACAGGAAUCUUCAUCAGCCCGAGAUUUGUCCGAGAGCAUCGACUUCGGACAGAGCCCCUUCCCCGACCCAUCCCCGUCUUCAACGUGGAUGGAACUCCGAACAAGGAAGCACUCAUCACGCGAAGAGCCCUCUUAUCUUACAAGAUAAGCGGAGAACCCCGAUUUGUCAAAGCCUACGUCGCCAGCAUCGGCAAAGAAGACAUCAUCUUCGGCCAUACCUGGCUCAAGCUCGAAAACCCCAAGAUAGACUGGAAGACUGGACGAGUUGAGCUAAACCACCGGUGGACGAAAGACGAGACCAGGGCCUGGAAGAUGGACCUGUACCAAAGGCGAGUGGCUCGGCUAGAACUGAAGAAGGCCGUAACUACCCCACUCCCAGAACCAACGGAGGACGAAUUCAUUGUCAUCUCCACCUCGGAGCACGCAACCCUUCCCGAACGAAAGACUAGCGGCGCAGCAGGAUAUGACAUCUCUGCUGCGCAUCAACUUACCAUCCCUGCCCGACGACGAGGCCUGGAAAUUGAUGUCGCUGCAGGAGUAAUCAACUCCGAUUACCGAGGCAAGGUCUCAGUCCUGCUGGUCAACAACUCCGAGCUCCCGUUCACCAUCAAAACUGGCGACCGAGUUGCCCAACUCAUCCUUGAAAGGAUAAGCACCCCACCAGUAACGCUAACCGACUGCAUCGACGAAACAGAACACGGGGAGGAUGGGUUUGGGUCAACGGGUAUUGCGUCCAUCGAAGAACAAGCAGAGGACAUCGACGACGAUGAGUUCAUCAUUUCCUACUUAUCAGGAACACCGAUGAUCACCAAGUACGAGAAACAGGAAUCCUUGGCAGUAAGGGAUGUUCCGCUCAAGGAGCGACUCCCCGAACUCUCGUCCAGCUACAAACGACUCCACAAUGGCAUGAUCUGGAAGAUCCACCACAACAUUAGGUGA